GAGGAGUGCUGUGGAGAAGGGGAGGAGACUACUGUUAUUUUCCUGAUUUCUUUUUGUUUUAAAAUCUGAGGAACAUUAACUAUUACUCCACAGGGAACCUCAGGAACAAUUUUUUGCAUUAAUCAAGUUCAUGGAGACUGUGGCUCAGCCAAUUAAAUUACCUAGAUAUUUUUGGAAUGAUAGCAUGGAAUAAUAUUGAUGCUUUCCAGAAAUUUCCAGAUUUACUCUUUUUCUUAAAUGGGAAAGAGAGUUCAUUUAGAUUCUCCCUCCUCAUUAAUAGUACAAUUUUUCUCUUCUCCUCAUAGAUCUCUCAAGAUGAAAGAAAAUGGCUUUGGAAAAUGCCUCUUUAGUCACUGAAUUCAUCUUUGCAGGCUUAACAGAUCAACCAGAGCUCCAGCUACCCCUAUUCUUCCUGUUUAUGGGAAUGUAUAUGAUCACUAUAAUGGGAAACUUGGGAUUGACUAUUUUAAUCAGGAUGAAUUCUCAGCUUCACACUCCUAUGUACUAUUUCCUCUUUAACUUAUCUUUCAUAGAUCUCUGCUACUCCUCUGUCUUUACUCCCAAAAUGUUGAUGAAUUUUGUCCUAAAGAAAAACAUCAUCUCUUACUCAGGAUGUAUGGCUCAGCUCUAUUUCUUCUGUUUUUUUGUUAUUUGUGAAUGCUAUGUGUUGACAAUAAUGGCUUAUGAUCGUUAUGUUGCCAUCUAUAAUCCAUUGCUAUAUAAUGUCACUAUGUCCAAUCAGGUCUGUUCUUGGCUAUUGAGUGGGGCAUAUGCAAUGGGGUUUGCUGGUGCCAUGGCCCACACUGGAUGCAUGCUGAGACUGGUCUUCUGUGAUGUUUACAUCAUAAACCAUUACAUGUGUGACAUCCUCCCCCUCCUCCAGCUCUCCUGCACCAGCACCCAUGUCAAUGAGCUGGUAGUUUUCAUUGUUGUGGGCAUAAAUAUUAUAGUACCUAGUGUCACCAUCUUUGCAUCUUAUGCUCUUAUUCUGUCCAGUAUCCUAAGCAUGAGCUCUACUGAGGGCAGGUCCAAAGCCUUCAGCACCUGCAGCUCCCAUAUAAUUGCUGUUGCCCUUUUCUUUGGGUCAGGUUUAUUCAUGUAUUUCAAGCCAUCUUCAUCAGGGUCUGUGGACCAGGGCAAAGUAGCUUCAGUCUUUUACACAAAUGUGGUGCCCAUGCUAAACCCCCUUAUUUACAGUUUGAGAAAUAAAGAUGUUCAGGCUGCCAUGAAGAAAACCUUAAGGAGAAGAAUGUUUACAAGGACAGCAACAGGACUUUCAUAA